AUGAUUGCACCAUUAUCUUCAUCACAUUUAGCCUUGCCCUCUGACCCUACUCACCAGAUACACCCAGAGCCAGAUUGGGAUAUCUACAGGGAACAUGAUAUGGGAAAACCAAAGGAGCAAACUGCAAAUGGUCAUAAAAAGAAACGACUGGGAGAGUCAAGGGAGAGGUCAGCAAGCCCUAAGAAAGUAGACAGAUCAAAGCGUGAGGAGGGUUCUAAAAAGGAAUUUCAAGAAGGCAAGCAGAAAAAUACUGAAACUCGCAAGACCAUCUCUGCAGGAAAAGAGACUGUGAAACAAGCAAUUAGUGAAGCAAGAGAUUGUGGGUAUGCUGAACCCGGUGAUGGUGGAGGUAGGACAUCCAGGUCCACUAAAGCAAGCAGAGAAGGGAUCCUCUGUACAAAUGAUAUAUACAAAGAUGCAACCAGUGAGAAAAAGUCCACAACAGCUCUUGAACUGAGUAGGUCAGAUUCAGGUUACGUCUCAAAGGUGUAUGGUAGCAGUGUCUCCAACUCUCAAGUAAGUGCUAUGGAAGGCGAGAGAGAUGCUGAAGCUAAAUCCAGUGAGUUUCACAAGGAAGGGCUACAGCAUUCCUGCAACCCCCGCCGUGUCAACACUACAACUCGGAAAGCAACAGUCUCACCAGGGCCGUGGAAAAUCCCUGGCUCUGAUAAGCUACCGAGUAUCCUGAAAUCUGGCACUUCAGCCAUGAGCAGAUAA